GUUCCCCAAGCUAGAUUGUUUAUUUUCAUUUCCCCGUCUGGAAUGCGAAGCAACUAGAUCCAUCAGUCAUUAGCUCUCGAAGAUGCCGGGUACGAUUUUGGAGAACCUGAGCGGGCGCAAGCUAAACGUAUUGGUGGCGAUUCUAUUGGUUUUUCAAGUGGCUUGUUUCCUCGUUGGAUUGAUCGCGCCCAGUCCGGCCAAUUUCCAGAAUAUUUACGCGACUUUUUGCUACGACGAUAAUCCUGGCCUCAAAGAUGAACCUGGACGGUGGUUCACCAAAGACUGUAAGAGGAAAAUCACCAAUCUCAAAACCGACACUGUCGGUAUGAGCAGCAAUAAUAUUGUCAUGGUGUUUGAAAUGCCGCACUAUAACUUCGACUUCUCGCGCUGGCAACAGAAGCUGGUCGGCCUAGUGAAUUUUGAACAGGAGGAUGAGGCCGGUUACAAACCCGAUCCGACAAUCGAACUAACCCUGGAAGCAAGACUGGGAUACAGCGACGAAAGCAAAUCGGGCCGUACGCCAUGGAGUUUGUACGCAAAUUCGACCGAAAUCCGCCACAUGGACUGUGAAACCGACGAAAACACCGGGGCACGACACGAUGGUUACAAGGUCGAUUGUUCGAUCGUUCCAUUGUUCGAGCUGGGCAACUUAUACCACGACUAUUACCUGUUAAAUCUACGUUUGCCUGAGAACGCGAACACCAAGCUGGGGCGCGUGCACGAGGUGCAGCUCAACAUAAUCUAUAUGAAUGGCGGUUUCACCAGAGUCUGGGUGUCGCUUAAGACCGUAUUCUUCCCGAUAAUUGUGGGCAUUAUCGCCUGGUUCUGGAGGCGCGUUUUCAUCCUGGAUCGCACGCCGGCGCUUCUGGAGUAUAUGCUAUUCUCGCUCGGUAUGACAUUGGCAAUUCUAGACUUUCCAAUCGAAUAUUUCAGUUUGUAUUUCGACAUGCCGUAUAUGAUGGUGUUCAGUGACAUCCGGCAAGGCGUUUUUUAUGCCAUGCUGUUGUCUUUCUGGUUGGUUUUCGCUGGUGAGCACAUGUUAAUUCAGGAUAACGGCGAGAAGAAUUGUCUGAAAAUGUACUGGAAACAUUUAAGCACCAUUGCGGUCGGUUGUCUGUCUCUUUUAAUUUUUGAUUUGUGUGAAAGAGGAGUGCAGCUGGUCAAUCCGUUUUACUCCAUCUGGGCCACACCGACCGGUACCCAUUUCGCAUUGUCGUUCGUUAUACUGGCAGGAAUAUCGGCCAGUAUGUACUUUAUUUUCUUAUGUUACAUGAUCUGGCGCGUGUUCAAGAACAUCAGCAUCAAACGCUCGGUGCUUCCGAGCAUGUCGCAGGCCAGACGAUUACACUACGAAGGUAUCAUUUACAGAUUUAACUUCCUAAUGCUCGCUACCGUGAUCUGCGCCGGAGUCACCAUCGUCUCGUUUAUUUUGUCACAGGUGGCCGAAGGGCAGGUGAAAUGGGACGACGAAAUGGACAUCGAACUCUCUUCGGUUAUUUUUACGGGCGUUUAUGGCAUGUGGAAUGUCUACAUUUGCGCCAUGCUCAUGUUGUAUGCACCAAGCCACAAACAGUGGCCAAGCGAGUCGUUGACGCACGACGGCGAGGAGGUGGAGUUCAGCAGGUUGCCCACCGAGUCUGUUCCGAGCGAGAUUUCUUCACUUACUUCCUUUGCCACUAAAGCUAGUAUUGAAUAAACGCACGUGUAGCCUCUUAACCUUGUUGUUCCAGUCAGAAUACUCGACUUAGUAGUUUUACUCCCUCCUAGAUUUUAGGGAAUUACUGUCGAUUUUGUGAGACUUGCAUUUUAAAAUGUGAUUUUAUAUUUGUACUUCCGCUGCGCACAGCAACAAACUCAUGUUUUUCAUAUUUACAUACUUUUACACUUGAAUCUCUAUAUGUAUUUAAGCAGUAUAUUUAUACAUCUUUAUCGUGACAUUAAAUUUUUAACAGUAUUAUAAUUUUUGUGAUUUAUGAUUAUAAGUAUUAAUUAAUUUAUGUAAUUUUUGAUAUUGUAUUUUAUGUAAUUAAAAUUAAAUGUAUGUUCCGUGAA